AAACUUCUAGAGAGAGAAACUGAAUUUGAGUUCUUUUUUUUUUUUAAAUUCUUUUAAAAAAUUUUAUAAACAAAUAAAAAAAAUUGUAUAAAAAUUGGUUAAGAAUUAUGGCGAAAGGAGUAAAUUCAGGAAGCAUGCAAGCAGAACAACUUAAACAAGAUGGAAAUCUUUAUUUCAAGAAAAAUAGAUUUGGUGCUGCCAUUGAUGCUUAUACUGAGGCAAUCACUUUGUGCUCUAAUGUUGCAAUCUAUUAUACGAAUCGCGCUGUAUGUUAUCGCAAACGCAGUGAAUGGACAAAAGUUGAGGAGGACUGUCGGAAGGCUAUCCAGCUUGAUCAUCAUUCUGUCAAGGGUCAUUAUAUGCUAGGGCUUGCUCUAUUACAAAGGGAAAAAUAUUCUGAAGGAAUAAAAGAAUUGGAAAGGUCUUUCGAUCUUGGUAGAGCAGAAAAUCCUCCUAGUUAUAUGGUGGAGGAAAUAUGGCAGGAGCUUGCCAAAGCAAAAUAUCAAAAAUGGGAGCGCGAUUCCACUAAACGAGCUUGGGAUUUGCAAAAUCUCAAACAAAGUUGUGAGAUAGCUCUUAAAGAAAAACAUUCGCGUGAUGUCACUCAAGUUGAAGGAUUUACUGAUGAAAUUACAGAUUCUACUUCAGAACAGUUAGAAGCUUUGAAUUCAGUAUUUAGCAAAGCUGCUGAUUCUGACACACCAACAGAGGUGCCAGAUUACCUAUGCUGCAAGAUUACCCUUGAUAUAUUCCGUGAUCCUGUCAUUGCUCCAAGUGGUUUUACAUAUGAGAGGGCAACCAUUCUUGAUCAUCUCAGCAAGGUAGGCAACUUUGAUCCUAUUACGCGACAACCUCUUUAUCCAUCACAGUUGGUCCAAAACUUGGCAAUGAAAGAAGCAGUUCAGGCAUUUCUAGAAAACCAUGGCUGGGCUUACAGGAUGGACUGAAAGAUGUGACAUAUAUAGACUGAAAGAUGUGAGAUCAUAUAUAGAGGCUUUAUUCUCUGUUUUGCUUAUGCGCCUAUGAAUUUGUCAAAUUUUGAUGUAUUCAUCUCAUGUAAUUCUGCUCUCCUCAAAUUGUACAGUCAAACUUUAGAAUCUAAGAUAGUCCUUUUGUUAUAUGCUAAUAUUGCAAAAUAUAUGGCUCUCAUAAUUGUACAGAAAUAGUGAAAGCUUUCUUAUGGAUCCUCCUUUUUCGUUGCCCUUA